AUGGAGUUCAGAGAUGGUGUGGGUCUGGAGGAGCUGUGUCCAGUGUGUGGAGAUAAAGUAUCUGGUUACCACUACGGUCUGCUCACCUGUGAGAGCUGCAAGGGUUUUUUCAAAAGAACAGUCCAGAACAACAAGAAGUACAUCUGUGCAGAGAACCAGCAGUGCAGGAUUGAUGUAACUCAGAGGAGGCGGUGUCCGUUCUGCAGAUUUCAAAAGUGUCUUCAUGUCGGCAUGAGGCUGGAAGCUGUUCGUGCAGAUCGAAUACGAGGUGGCAGGAACAAGUUCGGCCCCAUGUACAAGCGUGAUCGCGCCCUCAAGCAGCAGAGAAAGGCUUUGAUUCAGGCUAGCGGAUUCAGAAUAGACAGCAGACCACCAAUGGGCUCCUCAACCCAGCAAAGAGACUUGACCUUUACCGGUGGCCUUCAUCCAGUUCCCAUCCUUCACUUCAGCCCAAUACCCACUGCACAGAACCAUCGUAUCAGCUACCAGCCUCCAUCACUGGGUUCACUCCUGCCAUCCGACUCACCCUGUGUCAACCAGUACCAGUGUGCCUCCUCCUCAAACUGGACCAUCAAGUCAGAGCAAGCCAACAUCUCAGGACUCGACUCAGACGAGCCAUACUCGAGACCUCUCUCUCCACGCGGUCCAAGGAUGCCACAGCUAGUGAUGGAGUUUGUGCGCUGUGAUCCAGACGAGCUCCAGCUGCAGAGUAAAAUCACUGCCCGUCUCCUGCAGGAGCAUGUGGGCUGUGAGAAACCCGGGAGCCCCAGCACAUUCGGCCUGAUGUGCCUCAUGGCCGACCAGACGCUGUUCUCCAUCGUGGAGUGGGCUCGCACAUCUGUCUUCUUCAAACAACUUAAGGUGAAUGACCAGAUGAAGCUGCUGCACAGCUGCUGGAGUGACCUGUUGCUCCUGGACAUCAUCUCCAGACAGGUCCUGUAUGGAAAAGAGGGCCGCCUGCUCCUGGUCACUGGGCAGGAGAUGGAGCUGUCCGACGUAGCCUCCCACGCUGGUCUCACUGUGGCCGACCUAGUCCAGAGAGGACAGGAGCUGGUUGAGAAGCUCCACAUCAUAAAGGUGGACCGCCAAGAGUUUGCCUGCAUCAAGUUCAUCAUCCUCUUCAACCCAGAUGUGAAGCAGCUUGAGGACCACCAGUUCAUAGAGAGCAUGCAGGAGCAGGCUGAAGGCGCUCUGCUGGAGUACACGCUGUGCACCUCUUCUCACCUUCUCGGACGCUUUGCUCAUCUGCUGCUCUGUCUGUCCGAGUUGCGCUCUCUCAGCGCUCUCGCCGAAGACUACCUGUACUGCAAACACCUGAGCAGUGAGGUGCCGUGCAACAACCUGCUCAUUGAGAUGCUCCAUGCCAAACGCAGCUGGGAGUGA